GCAUCUGAAUCCGAUAAGAACAUACUCUAAGGAACAAGCAUAUCAAUAUCUCCAGCCUAAUAAUCUCACCCUCAUACAUCCCUCCAUACCAGUCCAGCAUAGCAGACCCAAACAUGGCCCCCAAAGAAAUCGAAAUCAAGAAACGUCGCACCCGAAGCGACUACGUCUUUCACCAAGUAUACCGAACAAGAUGGUUUGAUAACGAUAUGUACGCACACCUCAACAAUACUGUCUACGCAAUGCUCUUCGACUCCAUCGUCAACAGCUGGCUCAUCGCCGAAUGUGGCAUGGACCCCUUCUCCAUCAACAACAAGGACUCGGAUUCGUCAGCAAAGACCAACGCAGCGUCCCAGGUGGGUAUCAUGGUCAACUCGUACUGCGAUUACUUUGCCUCGGUGUCUUUUCCCGAUGUGUUAGACCUCGGACUUCGGGUCGCGAAGCUCGGUUCGUCGAGUGUUACCUAUGAAGUUGGGGUUUUCAAGCAGGGGGAGGAGGAGGUGAAGGUUGUUGGGGGGUAUACGCAUGUUUUUGUGGCGAGAGAGACGAUGAGGCCGACUAAGGCGGGAAUGGAGGAGAGGGUGAGGAAGGGAUUGGAGAAGCUGGUUAAGGGGGGUGGGAAGGAGGGGGCAAAAUUGUAGAGCCUCUUUUCUUCUUUUUCCCUUCCUGUUCUUUUACUUUUCUUGUGAGAUC